CUGGAGCCUGGGCUGUCACUGUCGUCAGCUGUCGUAGGAGGACGUUUGUGCAAACCACUGUACACACCGUCAAGUGCAAGAUUCCCUUUGACAACCAACAUGUAGCCAUUGGAGAGUGUGUUUUUAAGUAUCAUUUGAAUUAGAUGCCCUUUUUUUGCUAGAUGCUGCGUAAAAAGAAAUGACACACAACCAAAAUCCAGCUGUUAAAAGACGCCUUUUUCAGCUCAUUAAACACGGUUUUUGUAUUGUUAUUCAGAGUGCCUGAAUGGAGCAGGCUUAAUCUGUUUCCUACCUUUUUUCUCUUUGAGUGCUGUGUUGUGGCUCUUUAGUGAAAUGUUUUUUUAAUUAGGUACCCUGCCUGGAGUUUGCUGUCUUUUAACCUUGGAAGUAAUUUAACAAACUUGUGAGAGUGAUCAUUAUCAUCUCCUUCCUCAGCAUUUGGCUGGUUUUAUCGAUAUGAGGGGAAGCUGCCGUCACUUCGCAAGGUACAGUCAGCUCCCUGAGUUCAGUGUGGUGUCAGAGUGGCUACAAAGGAAAGAUUAGCAAAACUCCUUUUCUACUUUUACCUGGUUUUUAUGUGAUUGUGAAGUGGCAGUUCAAGAUCAUAGCUUUUGUCCUUUAUUAAGUUGUUUGACCAGUCAUAGAUACCAGUGUGGUGUCACUUGCUAGCAUGUCAUGCUGUGUGGUUUGGAGUGGCAGCUUUGUCUGUCUCCUGCUUUUUAUACUGACCAACUGAUGGCACCUCAGAAAGGAGAGAAGAAGAAGAAAAAGAAGAAAGUGUCCAACACAGACACGCUGCAGGAGCAGAGAAAAAACAAGAAGGAGAUGGAGUUUGAGCUGAAACUCGCCAAGGAGAAAGAAGAGAUGCAUGAACGAGAGAAGCAACUGAAGAUCAAUCGGCUGGUUCAGGAGGUACAAAAAUAGCUCCUUACCAAAGUUACAAGUGGAGUGGACAAAGUGACCAUGUGGAAUAAACCAUUUGACAUUUACGAUGCAUUUUAUGGCACCGUUAACUUUGCUUUCAGGGCUUCAAGUUGUGGUUGUAUGUUAAAGCAGAGCGUUUAAAUGUGUGUGCAUAAUUAUUAAUUCCUAUCGUCUGGUGCUGCAUGUAUGGCCUUGGCUCUGUCCUAGGUUUCAGAGACAGAGAGAGAAGACCUAGAGGAGUCGGAGAAAGUGCAACACUGGGUGGAGCGUCUUUGUCAGACUCGGAUGGAGCAGAUCUCCUGCGUUGAGAACGACUCCCCAGAGCUCUCCCCGCCGUACUCUCCUGCCUCUGAGCCCAGGGUGAAGCGUUUCCGUGGCGGCCUCCACCUGGCCACCACCGACCUGGACGACAUUAACCUGGAUGUGGAUCAGAGCCUGCGGGGCCCUCUGAAGAGACUGGCCCCCACCCAGCCCAACACUAGCCAGCCUCCCCCUCCCUUGCCUCUCCCUCCACCCUCGCCCAAGCUGAAACCUCAAAUACCCAACUACUCCCCUCCUUACACUCGGGCGUCCCCACAGCGGCGGCCUCCUUCUCCAUCCAGCGCUAGAAAACCUCCCUCUGCUCCGUCUACCUUGAUCAACAAGGGGCGCAUGCCUCACUCACAGCCUCACCGUCACCCUCAUCCCCCUCAACCCCAACCCCCUCGCCCACCUUCCUCCCACUAUCCUCCCCCGUCUCAGUCAUCGUGGCCUCCAUCCUCCCCUCAGCCUGCUCCGCGGCCUCCCCCGCCUCCGCCCCCUCCUCCUCCACCUCCUCCGCCACCCCCUCCGCCCCCACCCCCGCAGCACUCUGAAGAACGAGUAGGAACCCUCAGCGGGUUCCGCCAGCAUCAUCACCAUCACCUCCAACAUCCUCCCAGUCCUCCGGAGCGCAGGAGCGAGUGGGAGUCAGGCGGCUAUCUCCCAAGAGGAGGGAUUUACUCGUCUAACACCAGUGAAAUGUCCUACCCCUCUAGUCCGAAGGUUAGAGAUUCUUGUGUGACAGAGAUUUUGUGUUGGAUUGGUUUUUUCCGCUUUUUUAAUUAUUUCCUUGUCUUGGUUUACUGAUAGAUGGCUCCUCUUUUAUGAGUUGCAUCAGCAGCUAAAAUAUACAGUGGGUACGGAAAGUAUUCAGACCCCUUUAAAUUUUUCACUCUCUGCAGCCAUUUUCCAAAAAUCAAAAAAGUUCAUUUU